AUGGAUGGUGAUUGGCUUACGUUUCUCAAAAACAGACCAAAAGGGCAAGGGUACGAAGAUUCACAUCGGUGCUACUUCAACCGAUAUUUGUCCAGUAGUGGCCCUCCAGAACUACAUGGUGGUACGCCCAGCUGGGCAGGGGCCUGUUUUUGUCUAUUGGAUAGUGUCAGUAAUCUUAAUUAUACCUUUAUUAAUGAAUCCAGUACUUUAUUGACAUGGAUAGCUCCUUAUUCACUGGAUAAUGUACCUAUCACUGGAUACUAUAUAGUCAAUGGAUUAGUGGACAUUACUACUAUUAAUAAUAAUACUAAUAUAACAUUAUUGGCUACUAAUCCUGAUCCUUGUAUAUUAAAUAAUGUAUCAGUUUCUCCUAUUAAUGAUGUUGGAAUAGGUUCAUCUAAUGAUAUCAGUUUCUAUAAAAAAGGCCCUAAUGUUCAAAUGUUUUUUAGUGGUUACAAUGCAACUAGUGGGAUUGCUAUUUUACACUUGAAUAUAUCAGUCACAUUGCCUUGUACUGAUGAAGUUGUUGAGAAUGUUACAGUUAUUAUACAUUGUAACAAAACUGUUGUUUAUGCUGAUCUGAUACCAGUGGAAAAUUCUCUAGAUGUAAUAGAAUCAGUACCUGUUCCGUUAAAUCAACAAUGUGAUAUUAGUAUUGUGUUUAGUAAUGAGGAUGGUAGUAGUGCAGCAUUUAUGUUACCACUCGAUCAUCCUGUAGCAACCAGCUCAUUGCCAUCUACUGCCACUACAACUUCAUCACCUAGUGGCGGCACAUCAACUUCAUCACCUACUGUCACUACAUUUUCAUCAAUGGCUAGUGGCACAUCAACUUCCUCACCUACUGUUACUGCAACUUCACCACCUGUUCUCAUUAUAAUUGCUGCUACUACUAGUUUUUUUGUACUGCUUCUGAUGGCUGUUUUAUUAUCAUUAUGCGCUAUACUACUUUUAAUUAGAAAGCACAAAAAAAAAGAAUUUCCUGUUGUGACCCUGGUUAACAAUCAUGACGAAGAACCUGAAAUCAUUACUGCUGCUGCUAUUGCUGCUGCUACUACUACUACUACUGACCUGGGGGCUUUGUUCCCAGGUCAUUCCUAUAAUCUAUGCUAUAAUUGA